GGUCAGGCGACGUUAAACAUGGCCGCUCUCAGCAAGUCUAUACCGCACAGCUGCUAUGAGAUCGGACACACAUGGAGUCCUUCAUGUACCGCCUCCACCCUGCAGGUGACAGCCGGAGCUCUGGAGGUCUCCUUCAAGAUAUAUGCACCUCUGUACUUGAUCGCAGCCAUUUUAAGAAGAAGAAACAAGGAUUAUUAUAAGAAAAGGCUGGUUCCUGAGAUCCUUCAGUCCACAUCCUUCCUGACUGCAAAUGGAGGCCUAUACAUCGCAUUCUUCUGCAUUCUUAGGAGGCUUUUGGGACGUUUUUACUCCUGGUCAGCUGGUUUUGGGGCGGCACUGCCUGCCUCAUACAUCGCCAUACUAAUAGAGCGUAAAAGCAGGAGAGGACUUCUAACAAUUUAUAUGGCAAACCUGGCAACGGAGACAAUUUUUCGGAUGGCUGUCACACGAGGUCUUGUUAAGGCCAUGAAGCAUGGAGAGAUUCUUCUCUUCUGCCUGACCGCAUCUCUCUACAUGUUUUUCUUCAGAUGUAAGGAUGGUCUGAAUGGCUUUGCUUUCUCUGCCUUAAAAUUUAUAGUUGGCAAGGAGGAGAUUCCUACACACUCUUGCCUGCCUGAGCACACAUACCCACAAGGCUCAGAGAGACCGACAACGCCGCUGGAUGAGAGCCGAGAACCCACAUCUGCCUCUAGGGGGAGCUGCAUCAGAGCACUCGCACGCAAACUGUUAGACUCUGUAUGCAAACAUGGACCGAGGCAUAGAUGUUGCAAACACUAUCAGGACAACUGCAUCUCCUACUGUGUUAAAGGUUUCAUCAGGAUGUUCAGCGUGGGUUAUCUCAUUCAAUGCUGUUUGAAGGUUCCGUCGACGUUCAGACAUGUCUUCACGAAACCUUCUCGCCUGCUCUCGCUGCUAUACAACAAAGAGAACUUCCAGCUAGGAGCUUUCCUGGGGUCUUUCGUCAGUAUAUACAAGGGCACAAGCUGUUUACUCAGAUGGAUGCGGAAUCUGGACGAUGAGCUCCACGCUCUCAUCGCAGGUUUUCUCGCCGGCACCUCGAUGUUCUUCUACAAGAGCACCUCUAUCUCCAUGUACCUCUUUUCCAAACUUGUGGAGACAUUGUAUUUCAAAGGGAUCGAGGCAGGCAAGUUUCCCUACUUCCCUGAAGCUGACACGAUAAUCUAUGCCAUCUCCACCGCCAUCUGUUUCCAAGCGGCUGUUAUGGAAAUGCAAAAUCUGAGACCAUCAUACUGGAAGUUUCUACUGCGGUUGACAAAGGGCAGGUUUGCUCUUAUGAACAGAAAAGUUCUCGAUACUUUUGGGACCCAAGCUUCCAGAAACUUCCAUGACUUCACGCCUAAACUCGAUCCUAGAUAUGUGAUGUGUCCCGUGGACAUGGACCUAUAGCUGGGCUGACAGACAAGAUGACAUGUCUUUCCAUAGACCAAGAUGUACACAAAGACACAGAAAGCUCUCUUUCUCGAUCUUGCACAAGAUCCCCCUUUACUUCAUUCUCUCGCCUCACAAAUCUUGUUUUGAAGUAUAAGUGUAAAGGCAGAUGGUAUGUAGGUAUGUUUACUUUACAAUGAUGUAAAUCUCAGACAUUUGUAAUGUAAUUAUCACUGGCUGGAUGUGACAUCUGUGUGUGUACAUCAGUUUAAGCGAAGAUGAUUUGACCUUUAUAGGAAAAUGUUUUGUGGUACUAAAUAGAUUCUAGAUGGGAUCUCACCUGUACAAUAAUUUUACCAGUAGGCUUCUAAAAUAAAAAAAAUGUUUAUUUUGAAUUAGGAAAUAUUCAGACAGCUGUCUAAUACCUCAGAAGACUUGGAUGCUGUAUGAGUUCGGUUCGUAUUCAUUUCAGACCCUUAUAUUUGGUGAUCAAAAAUAAUAUAUAAGAGUAUGCGGGUUAAGCCAUGUGAAGAGAUCUUACUGACAUGCUUGUUGUGUAUGAUCUCUUCUUUUUUAGUAUACAGUAGCACUAUAUUAAAGUAUACCCUAUGGCCCGGUUUCACAGACACGGCUUAGCUUAAGCCAGGACAUUUACGUCGCUUUCAUAAAAAUGCCUUAGAAGAAUACAUUACUGGUCUGCAUCUUUAGACAAAACAAUGGCACUGAUAUAUUUGAAGAUAUUUCUGGGCAAGUUAUAUAAUUAUUAGUCUAGGACUAGACUUAAGCCUUGUCUGCGAAACUGAGCCUAUAAGCAUAAGCUUAGUAGGACAAGAAAAAGGUUGUUGGAAUAAAACUCAACUAUUGUUAUCCACCUUUUAGUGUAGACCUAAUAUUCAGAAAUUCUUUUUGGGCUGAAAGCAGAUUAACACUCAAUGUAAUGGCCUUUGGCAGUCGUUCUCAGUAGCAGACCUUAUUUUUUAAAUUGGCAAUAAUAAUAGUGUAAAAUCUCACAAUGUAAUCAGAGUAUUGCUGUGUAUUUGAAAAUGUAAUUUAUGUAAAAAGUAAAAGCUGUAUGUCUUUGUUUAUAUGAAGGCAAAAGCUUUAUAUUAAAAAAAACGAGACAUA